AAGCGCUUAGUUUCCAUAGCAGGCGGUGGAAUCUUAUGAAUCGCUCGUCAGAGUACUUAUCAGUUUUCAAUUUGCGCUUCGCGACGCCGCACAUACUUUCGGUACGCGCACACACGACACGGUUUGCUGCGAGAUUUGUUCCUUCGCGCCUGUUUCUGAUUCAGUGAAAAUUAGGCGGAAAAUCGUGACACGUGAUUAGUGAGCAUCAAAGUUGGCCGAGGGUCUCUCCACUGCUGGUUGCCGUUAAAAUAGUGAUUCUGUGCAUUCACGUAAAAUGUGGCUAAAACUGUUCUGUCUGCUGCAGUGCGUUCUGCUGGCGCUAAGCAUCUCCCACUAUGCCCAUCCCGCCGUACUGGAAAACGAAGCCCAGGAAGCACUCCUGCCGGACUAUCUGCGCAAUCCCUUCUACCGAACUCCCCGGGUGGCAAACGCCCUGGCCCGCUUCAGCUGGAUUGGCCCCGGCGAGGAACUGGUGCGGGAACGACAUGCCGAGAAAAUCUCCCGAGCCGACAUCUACAGCGUGCUGACCCAUGCCGGAUUCGUUCCGCGGAGAUUGCAUGGGUUCAAUCGUUGAGAGAAAACGAGGGCACAGUUCAAAUCUUUUCGAAGAGUGCAAUCAAUUUUGAUACGAGACGUCCAACGGUAGCAACCGCCAAAAAUUGAUUUUUUUUCUGAUUCGCUGUGGAGAAUGUACAUAUAGACAGAGCAUUUGCAAUGGUAGUUAACAGCCUCGAGCUUAGCGUAUCAAGUUAGCAGACUAGACUUUAGAUUUAGUGUAAGAUAGGUACUCAUGACACUCAUCAUCAUCUUGUGAUUGAUUGAUUCACGAUGUUCAUUUUCACAAGACUUGUUUCAAGUCAUCUCGAAGUUUUCUACUCUUAAUCAUCCAGUGAUUGUUGUCUAAAUAUGUAGUUGAAAUAAAAAUCAAGUAGAUUU